AUGGCGAUCGGACAGCACUUCAUGACGUCCGGGUCGUCAUAUAAACUGUUAAGGCUAUUGGGCCUGUUGGAGGACAGGUCGGCAGUUUAUUCUCGAGGGGAUUCUUUGGAAUUGGCGAGGCUAAAGGCAAUGGAGGUGAUGGGCAAACAGAAUGCGAAGAACGAGCGUCAAUACAAUUUGCGAGCUAGGGACGUGGUUUACGCUGAAGGACAGGAAGUUUAUAGGAAGAACUUCAAGCAAAGCAGUUUUCCGGCCGGAUACAGUUCCAAACUGGGACCCGCUUAUAUAAAGGCGAGAGUUCGGAAGAAGCUUGGCAAUUCCUGCUAUGAGCUGGAAAAUUUGAAUGGUCGAACUGUAGGGCGGUUCCAUGCGAAGGACAUGAGGCAGUAG